AUGGCUUCCAUGGGGCUGCAGGUGUUGGGUAUCGCCCUGGCCGUGCUGGGCUGGCUGGGCGCCAUUCUGAGCUGCGCGCUGCCCAUGUGGCGUGUGACAGCAUUCAUCGGUAGCAGCAUCGUCACGGCACAGACCACCUGGGAGGGCCUGUGGAUGAACUGCGUGGUGCAGAGCACCGGCCAGAUGCAAUGCAAAGUGUACGACUCCCUGCUGGCCUUGCCACAGGACCUACAGGCAGCCCGCGCUCUCAUGGUCAUCUGUGUCCUUGUGGCCGCCCUGGGCAUGCUUCUGUCUGUGAUCGGGGGCAAAUGUACCAACUGCAUGGAGGAUGAGACUACCAAAGCCAAGACCAUGAUUGUGGCAGGCAUGGUGUUCCUGUUGGCUGGUUUGCUGGUGAUUGUGCCCGUGUCCUGGACAGCACACAAUAUCAUUCGUGACUUCUACAACCCACUGGUGGCCUCUGGGCAGAAGCGGGAGAUGGGGGCCUCUCUCUACAUUGGUUGGGCCGCCUCGGGGCUCCUUCUGCUUGGAGGGGCGCUGCUCUGCUGCAAUUGCCCACCUCGCACCGACAAGUCCUACUCCGCCAAGUACUCCGCAGCUCGCUCUGCCCCGGCCAGCAACUACGUGUAA